GAAAGUAAGAGAGAGAAAAUCGAGUCACCGCGAGAGUGAUAAAAGUGGUAAACUGUGAUAAGGAAAAAAUUAACUUAAAAGUAGAAAGUAUUGAUAAUGCGACAACUUGUUUCGGUAAUAUAUUAACGUUCUCGAUUAUAUGGUUAAUUUAACGAGGACAACAUCUUCGUGUAACCUCAUCAUCUCGCGGUACAUGUUUUGUUUUUAUUUUGGAAGAAAUUAUUUGCGCGAUGCGCGUGGCGCGCUGCGCCUCAAUAAUCUUGCGUAUCAGUGAUCUACUGUCCAGAAGUAGGCAGUGAAUUCAUUCUUGUUGAAGUUGAAAAUUUCUUAAUUGGUGCGUGAUCGGGUGCGGUAUACUGUUGUUAUUAAAUUCGUUGUGGCUGUGUUGUGUUCGCGAUCUGACGACUCGGUGUUGAAAAAUUUGUUUAAAGUGUCUGGCCAUAAUGGCGAACCCUCGGAAAUUCAGUGAAAAGAUUGCCCUGCUUAAUCAGAAGCAGGCGGAGGAAACGGCCGCUUUCGAGGCGAUUAUGAGGGAGGUUUCCGAUGUCACCAGCAGAGUUGCAUCGGCUAGCAGUUCUGUAGGCGCGAGUCCAACGGGUUCAGGAGUACCGGAAGCUCCUCUAUCGGUGAAAAGUGCCGGAGCCAGUCCGCCACAAUCCAGCAGCAAACACCUUCAUAUUAAUUUGGGCAAUCAAUUCAGGCCCGGAGGUUCGCUGCCCAAUGUUAACAACAAUAUCGACAUCAACGCAGCAAAAGAUCCCUCCGGGACUUCCGCCGCUAUUCACUCGAUCGACCUUAAGACGGCCCUGAGUAAUUUGGAGGAAAUGCAGCACAAUUCAAUGUCCUAUCGAAAUAAUGAGAGGGGAAGAAGUAUGGGUGUUGGUCCAGUGAGACCGCGACCGAUGGAGAAGAGGCACGACACUUCACCUUAUAAUUAUUUAUCACCACCACCAUCUGACACGUGGCGAAGAACUAAUUCCGAUUCUGCCCUGCAUCAAAGUGCCAAUGAGGCCUGCCAUUCAUCGUCAUCGAUGCCUCAUCGUCGAGGUAGCGAUGCAUAUCAACAUAUGGUCGGAACUGGUAAUGAAAAUAGAGAACUUCGCGGGCUCAUUGAACGACCAAGAUCUUCCUGCGAAAUGCCAAGGGUGCCUGGAAUUAAUAUUUAUCCGAGUGCACAACCUCCGGGGCAACAAAUUCCAAUAAGCAACAAUACAGGAUCGUUGCCCGACUUGAGUAACGUCCACUUUGCGUCUCCUCUUCAUACACCUUUGGACCAGGAGGAACACUCGAGUGGCGGUUCGCCCUACAGCAAUAGUCCUCAAACGAGCAGUCCUACAAAUUUGUCGCCAACCAGCUUGACGCAAGCUGGGAGGCUGUCCUUUUCACAGGAACACAGCCCGCCAAGCAUCCAACAGGGUGUGGCGCUGGAAAACAGCACAAGUACUUCACCGCAGGAUCUUCAAUCGUAUUCCCAACAACCAUCCCAACAAACUCAACAGACGAACCAGUGUCAAGGGCAUUAUAUUUAUCAACAACAGUCACAUAGUCCUAUAGCGCAGCCUCAAAGUCCAAAAUCGUCGCAGUCGCCACAACAACCUCAGCAGGCCUCACCGCUCAAUUCUUUGGGAUCCUACAGGACACCCCAACCAGUUAAUAGGCCAUCACCUCAAUCGUCGCCUAGUCUUACGCUUCAAGGGAGUCCUUUGAGUUAUAGCAAUAAUCCUUCAACGCCAUCGAGUCCAAUGGGAGGACAUAUGCCACAUCCAAACUUAACUUCGGAUAGUCUAGAUCAAAACAGCUACUAUAUUAAUCAAGUUCACUCCGACUUUGAACAGUUCAGUAUGGGAAUGGAUUGGGUGCAAAUGAUGCAACAGCUCGCGGAUUCCGGUUAUGCCUUGACCACACAGCUAGAGCUUGAUUCCUCGCCGUCUGUGACAUCAACGACAAUGGGAACAUACAUUGGAUCUCCAAACCACACUUCCAGUUAUUCACAGAAUGAUACUGCCGAUGUUUAUCAAAACGUCAGUAGUGAUCUCGGUAGUGGAGAUGCUGCCUUUUUUAGUGCAACUUCACUUCAAAUUGGUUAUCGACCUAGAACGCCAACGACAACACAACAAUUGACGCCCCAAACGCCAAACACCCCAACAAUCACGCUCACAGAUUGUUCGUUGGGUACAGGGGAUUUGAGUAAUUCCGAUUUCACAAAGGACUUAGUGCCAUCGAUAGUGGAAUCAUUUAGUCCUGAUAUAUUUAGUACGGAUGAUUCCCUCAGACAGGAUCCACUCAACGCUCUCCGACAUGAUCUCGAUCCACUGGAUAUUGAAGAUCUACAAAGGCUCGCCGAUAAUUCCGAUAUGGUUAUAUCGGAUCCAUGCGCGGAAGCUCAUUUCAGGUUAGAGCAUCGUUAAUGAGACCAGAGUUUUAUAUACUCCCGAGUUAAUGCGCGAU